AUGGAUGAGACUCAGACCCCUACGGAGUUGAAGCAAGAGGCUUCUGAUGUUGCCACACUCCCUCCAGUCAGCAGUGAUACGCCGGCAGUUGCAUCUGAGUCCCAGCUACCGAUCUCUCAAGAUACCCCUACCGAAACCGGUACUUCUUUUUCUGCGAAUCCCUUGGAUGCGCCCAAAUCACCCCCCGCCCAAGACGAUCCAGAUGCCGAACAGGAAGAUGCAGAGAUGGGUGGAGUGGAGGAAGAUGCGAAGGUCGAGGAUGCAGACGUAGAGAAGGACGCUGCCGGAGAAUCCCAAGAAACACCUGCCGCCGCGACUGGUACAGAUGGCCAGACCGCGCAAUCGAAGUCAGCCCUUGAAGCUUCGGCCAACUCGCACCUGAUCUCACAAACACACCAGAUCAUCCUUCCCAGCUAUAGCACAUGGUUUGAUAUGCAUACAAUCCAUGCCUUGGAGAAGAAAUCUUUACCCGAAUUUUUCAACAGCCGAAACCGCAGCAAAACCCCCGCCGUGUAUAAAGACUAUCGUGAUUUCAUGAUCAAUACCUAUCGUCUCAACCCCGUCGAGUACCUUACAGUGACUGCAUGUCGACGGAAUUUGGCAGGCGAUGUUUGUGCCAUUAUGCGCGUGCACGCGUUCUUGGAGCAAUGGGGUCUCAUCAAUUACCAAGUCGAUCCCCAGACUCGACCUGCAAAUAUUGGACCCCCUUUCACUGGGCAUUUCAGAGUAAUAGCCGAUACUCCACGUGGCCUCCAGCCCUUCCAACCAGGUCCGAAUACGUUCACCACUCCGGGGAAACCACACGCUUCUACCGAUCGAGCGAAAUCGGCAACUCCUUCGUCAAAAGCAGACCUCAAUCUCGAACUUCGCCGCAAUGUUUACGACGACAAGGGCAAGGAGAUAAAGACAAGUGAGGAGCCAGAGAAGCAACCCAAUGGUGAUGGGGCAACCGCUAACGGGUCAGCUUCUGGAGAUGCCGCCACCAAGGCCAUGGAUGAAGCUGCUCGAGAACCACUUAAGACCUUUAAUUGCUUUUCAUGCGGUAUCGACUGCACCAGAUCACGAUUUCAUUACGCAAAAUCCGAUCCAGUCACCGCCAAUCAUGUUUCGGGUGAAGGCAAGUAUGACUUAUGUGCAAAUUGCUAUUUCCAAUCCAGAAUGCCCAGCAAUCAUCGAUCCUCGGAUUUCGUCAAGAUGGAAGAGCCCGAAUACAAUCAAAUCCCGGACAAAGAUGCUCCCUGGACUGACUCAGAGACACUCUUGCUGUUGGAAGGUCUUGAAAAUUUUGACAACGACUGGAACGAGAUUGCAAAGCAUGUUGGCACGCGGACAAGAGAAGAGUGUGUCCUGAAAUUCUUGAAGCUUGACAUCCAAGAUCAGUAUCUUGAGGAUGGUCCUUUGAGUGGCGCAGCCACCCUGAAGAGUCUCACUGGUCGAAGUCCAAUCAGUCAACUGGACAAUCCUGUCAUGUCCGUGAUCAGCUUCAUCUCUCAACUAGCAGAUCCAAGUGUUGUUGCAGCUGCGUCGGGUCGCUCAAUCGCAGUGAUGCAGAAAGAAUUACGAGCACAACUAGAGAAAGGAAUUGGUGGCCCGUCAGAAGAAUCUGCAAAGGAGAAAGAACCGGUCAAAUCUGAAGAUGCCAUGGAUGUGGACGAAUCUACUGCACCAGCAGAAAAGACAACGUCCGAUGUAACCGGAUCACCAGCAGUGAUCAAUGAUAUUGCUACCACAGCCCUAGCAACCACAGCCGCCCGCGCCAGUGGUCUCGCGUCUCAUGAAGAACGAGAAAUUACGCGUCUGGUCGGAGCAGCCGUCAACCUGACGUUGCAGAAAUUCGAACUCAAACUUGCCCAAUUUGCAGAGAUGGAGGAGAUUGUACAAGCCGAACGAAGAGAUCUAGAGAAAGGACGUCAACAACUCUUCCUCGACCGGCUGGCUUUCAAGAAGAGAAUGAAAGAUAUGGAGAACACUUUCAAGCAAGCGAGCAUGAAGGGCCCUGAGGAGGGAAUGCGAAUGAUGCAAGAAGCAAUGCACGCUCAUUCCGGUCAGCGAGUGGGCUUUACAAACAUCAACGGGGCAGCCGCUACUAAUGGCGUCGCACCAGUUGGCGCAGAUGGAGGCGAGCCUGCCAAGGGGAUUGAGGUCUAG